UUGUAUAGGAAGUUGUGUAUUUCCCUUAACUGUACACAAAACAGUGAAAAUAGGAACCACAGAAUCACCAUGCCUUGUGACUCAAUAGAUACUUGCAGCUACAAAGAAUUAUCUCUAUUAAAUGAAACGUCUUUUUCCAACAUAAUAAGGGAAACUUACAAAAAGCUGGAUAGUCAACCAGCAAUGAAUCCUGGAAUUUCCAACCUUCUUAGUAUCAAAACAAAGUACCAAAACAACUUCGGUAAAGUUUCAAACUGUUUUGAAAUCUGGGCCAAAAACCGAAGAAGAACUAUUGAUAAGCUUUCGGGUGGAGCAAAAACGAUUAAAAAUUCUAGACAGAUUUGUUACAAAGCAAUAUUAACAUUUUCAUCAUUAACCGUAAUCGCUUCAACAGUCAGCUUAUUUCUGAACAAUGUCAACAAAUCUUGGUCGGCCAAAUCAUUUCUCGCUGCAGCUACAGUUGGUUCUUUUAGUUUUUUGUUCAGCUUAUUCGAUGUUUAUGUCAGCAAAACGAAAGCAGAUGAAAUUGAGCUCAUGUACCAAGACGAUAAGUUUACUUUAGACGAUCUUGAACAAGAGAUACAAUUUGGUGCACUCAACAAUGACAUCCACGAAUUUUUCCCAAAUGGUGUGAAUUAUAAAAUUGUAAAAAACAUGAUCGAGCCGCAAUUGAUGAAACGCAAGGAAUUAAGUCAUUUUAAGACCCUUUUUGAUGAAAUGGAUUCAGCCAGUGAUGACGAGAAGAUUUUUUAUGCCAUUGUACUCUCAAAUAUAUUGAGCGAUCCAGAUCUUUUGCAGGACACGUAUUUUUUAGCUAAAGUACAAAUGUUCUCAAAAAGCACAUUAGCAGAAAAAUGGUGGAAUAGGUUGAAGUAUGAGAAUUCUUCGCAUCAUUCAGAAAAGAUGAAAUUGUUGUCUGAAAUAAAAUCAUUUUCAAAAUUAGAAAAACUCUUUAUUUCUGGUCUUUCCGUGGCUGUGUCUCCAAUGUCCAAUGAUGUAUUCCUAAAUGCUGUUGCACUAGCGUUUGUUAACUGCAUUAUUUUGUUUGAUGUUUAUAAUGAGUUGAAAAUUCAAAUAGAACCGAAAGAGGCAUCAAAUUUCAAACAAUUGGAAAAUGUUCUUCGAGCUGAAUAUGAGGAAUUGAAAAAAGUGUACGAUUUAUUAAAUCCUUACAACGAUUAAGACGCAAUUCUGAACAUUAAAGGUUUUCAUAAUUGUCUCGACAUUUCUGAAAACCUUUCUUGUUGACUCUUUAUCUUGUUGACCGUAAAUAAGGGUCAACCGAAAAGUUUCCCACGGCCAAUAAAAAGAAACAAACAUAAUUCCUCAAAAGCUCUAAUUACAAAGGAUACAGCAAUACUUCGGCUGCUCUUCAACAUAUAAGCCAUCGGAAUUAAUAAAUUGGUAUAAGUAUUUGUAAUCCAGUAUCAAAAAAAAAUCUGCCAUUAGGAAAUGGAACUAGUGUGUCAUAACUGUUAAAAAGUUUUCGUUUGUUGGAAGAUAAUAUCCGGACAGGAUUUUCUUUUUGUGCAAUAACAGGUGAAUAUCGCUUGGAGCAAUAUCGGAACUAUGGAAAGAUGAUCUAACAUCUUCCAGCGAAGUUCUUCAGCAAACUUCAUGUCGAAUUUGCCUUCCGAGCGAGAAGGCAAAUUCAACAUGAAGUCCUUCUGUCCAACAUGAAGUCCUUAUGUUGAGCGCUGCUGUGAAGCAAUACAAUUUCGGCACUGAACACCCCACAAUAACGUUAAGCUCUUAACGUAGCACAAUUUGUCAAGAAUUCAUCGAGCAGAAUGUUCCAGAAAGUAAUAGACAUCAAUUUCCGUACGCAUACUAUUUAACAUAGUUUGGUGGGUUGUCUAUCGACUGUUAACAGGUGACAGACUUCGAUGGCAUUUGACUACAAAGACUUAUUUCACAACUUAAAUAUUACAAUGCCGGUUUAUUUUUAUGUUGUGAAUUAGUUGAAAUAUUCCUGUAUACUUUGCAAUAAAUGUUUCCAAGUAAUUA